AAGCAAGCCUAAUGUGCAACUGGGCCAAGCACUCACCACAAAGAGACGAUCAAAACUGAAAACAUCGGAUUCAAACGUACAGUCUACUGCCAUUUUCUAUUUUACUUUUCGCCAGUAGCCAAACUGCCGGCUGCCUUUUUUCAACAGCCACGAUGCCUUUUCCAUUUCUGGCUCUCCCGGCGGAGAUUCGAGUCAAAGUCUAUCGCGAAGUACUCGUCAGUUCUCCAAGCAUACUUCUGGAGCCCGACUGGUGGCUUCUCACGCCUAGACAUGGAGACAUGCCUCCAGAGCACAUACUUGAUAUAUAUGAACCAGAUAUGCUAUGUCCGGACAAAACAAUCUCUGAGCAGAUGGAAAAUACCCCCAUACUACCAGUCGUUGGCUGUCAAAGCUCGCAAAACUGGUGUCCUGCAAUCCUGCGAGUGAACAAGAAGGUUCAUGCAGAAUCCGCCAAGGUUCUGUAUUGGGACAAUACCUUUUGCGUCGACGAAUACUAUCCUCGUCGGCAAGAUUUCGAAGAGUGUUUGUCUCCCGCAGACCGGCCGGAAACCGAGGCCUCUUACCUCUCAAUCGGCGUAGUCCCAGUUCUCUACGGCUUCCUUCGAGGCAUUGGCCAAAAGAACCGCCAGUACAUCAGCUCUCUAUCCAUGCCUGUGCCUUUGCUGCCCCUGAAACUACCUCCAGCACUGUCCAGGGUGGCAUCCCUGGAUGUUUGCCAGUCGUUGGCUCGAAUGGUCGAGACGCGCAAUACCUACAGAACAUUCAUACACCCGCUGGGCCACCAGCAGAGGCAGCACAUCAUGAUCCUCUCGAGCUUGGCUCCCAACCUCGAGUGGCUCGAGAUGACGGUAUGUGAUUUAUUCUCGUUCUUCUAUGACGACUCGGCCCACCUCGAUGAGCUCUCGACCACGCUGGGCCUUCUACCAAAGCUGAAGACGGUCGGCUUUCUCGUCUACAAACAGGCGGGCGGUCCGAACCACGCCAGUAUGGUCGAGGCCUUUGACAAGCGGGGAUGGGCGACCGAGUUUGGCUGCGUACUUUGCAGAUGCGGUCUUCACCCGCCGAGUAAGAAGUACAUACUUCCCAAGGAUAAUGAUCUCGUCGACUGUCUCGAAUUUUGCUAUCAUGCCUCCCAGGAGAGGACCGUCAAGAGGAAGAAGCGGAGAGCGGCCUAUUCGUCGGGCAAGUGGUCGCGAUAGAUUUGGAGAAAGGCAAUAGUCGAAAACGGAAAUAUUCGUCCCGAAGAAAUCAAGAGUGAGGAAUGUGAGAGUUUCGGAUGGGUGGAAGCAGGCAUGAAAUGACGCGGAAGUAUGCCUUCUUAGCGCCAAAGGCAUGUUGGAGUAUGAUGAAAGACUAUCUAGAUAGAGAUCACGGAGACAUGUCUGGAAAUGCGGAAAAUAAACUGGAGAGGAAACAAUCGACGCCUCUUGAAGGUCUUGUAUCUUGCGAGAAAGCCCAGGGAGCUUUCCUUUUCUUUUCCGUCAUGCUCAUAUUUCCCCCCUGUUCUCAAUUGAUGGGAAGGAACGAGUAGUGAGGGUUGUAAAGAAGGCACCAACUCUGACAAUCUGGGCUCUUGGGAUUCGACAAUUUGGUAGUAACAAUUAACAUGACCGAACAAAAAGCAGUGACAAUGAAAAUGCAUUUUAUAUUAUGAC